AUUGGCCUUAGGCGACCAAGGGAUGGAGUGAUUGAUCUUUGGUUUUGAAUUUGGGUUUCUAGUUCUUGAUUUUCCCCAGAAAUUCGAAUUUUAGGGUUCAUGAUCAGAACGAAAUCUUCAACUGAAUCCAGAUUUUCUGCGGAUAUAUCUUCAGGGCACCCGAUUAAUUGGAUUCCAUGUCUGGGGCAAAAGAGCCUGAUUCAUCUUCUUAUACUCAGUCCUGUUUGCAGCUUUCUUCUCAGAUUUUCUUGGAUCUCGUGGACUCUGCAAUUGCCGAUGUGGCAUCUGAGUGUCACCGGAUAGCCAGACUGGGGCUUGAUCGUGAUAUGGAGGCGGCAGAAGAAGAGUUUAGGUUGUCAGCACAAGCAUGUGCUAAGAUUGCUGAUCCUAGCAACAAUGCUGAAACCAAUGCCAAGUAUGUUGUUGACAUAUUUGGGCAGACCCACCCUCCUGUAGCCAGUGAAGUAUUCAACUGCAUGAACUGUGGACGGCAAAUUGUUGCUGGAAGGUUUGCUCCUCAUUUGGAAAAGUGCAUGGGGAAGGGCAGAAAGGCUCGCGCAAAGGCUACCAGAAGCACAACAGCUGCACAGAACCGGUACUCACGAGGCAGCCCUAAUUCCCCAUAUUCUCCUUUAAAUUCCACAAGCGCAAACCGGUUGCCAAGUGGAUCGCCUGGUAUUGCAGGUAAGGAUUCACACGGCACAAUCAGAGAGAACCUGAAAGAAGACUGAGUCUGAAUAUCACAGGUUUAUAUCAAACAUUAGACAUGAAAGUAACUGACUGCUCCAGACGAGUAUAAAUCAUACGCUAGGUUUCUAUCGAUUUGCAAAGUCCUUGAGGGUUCAUAUUAUAUUAAUCUCAGUGGCUUAAGAUCCACGAGAUCCAAAUAGAUAUACAUUGAAAUGAAAUUAUAGCUUUCUUCUCAA